UAAUGUUUUGAAUAUUUGAAUUCCAUUUUAUUUAAUUGCAUGUCAAUCUGCUGUUUCAAUUUCAUCCGUUAUAAUUUUAAUGCGUUGCAAAUUAUAAUAUACUGAGACAUGGUUUUUUUUUUUUUCCCUUUCCAUUUAGAAUUUAUUAUAUUUUAGUUUAAUUUAUUUGUAUUACUGAGAUUUAUACCAUGAGUUAUCUGAUCGAUGAACGGGAAAGGCAAAAGUUUUAAAAUGAUGAUCGCCUGAUCGGUUGUUACUCCGUAUGAUGUUUAAUUUAUGUUUUGAUGUCUUAAUUCGUGCAAUGUACCAAUUAUUUGAUUUAUGUCAUGACCUUAGUGGCUCCGAUGCCAAAUUUUGUUAUUGUAUCGACUUAAGGCGAGUCAAGAAGUGUGAUGAAUUCGAAUUGUUUGGGGUAAUUAAAGUUGUAAAAGAGGUUAUUUGAUCAAAAGUUCAGUUGAUUGUUGGAGGCUUUGAUUUUAAGUUUAACUAAUACUUGUAUUUAACUCGUGCAAUGCACAUGUUAAUGUAUACAGCCUUCACAACUUUGGUGCUAAACUUUUGGGAAUAGCAUAGUGUCAGUGAAGGAGGAGAGAAAUUCAUAAAGGAUAUUGUGAGGAAAGAGAAGAUGUUUAAGCUAUUGUAGUCUCUGGCCUCUCCACAUCAUUAUGAAGAUUGCGUAUGAUGGUUCAUGUUAGCCGACUCCAAAUCAUUUUGAGACUAAGACUUUGAUGUUUCUGUAGUCUCUGGCCUCUCCAUUUAGGAUAAUUCAAGUGUUUUGUUUUUGGAAGAAUGAUGAAGUUUUUGGGGAAAUAAGCGAUAGUGGAAUGUGAAUUGAUUUGAUAAGAUUGUUUGUUGUGACCAAUUGACUAUUGUAUAGAGACGAUUUUGGUUCUUGCUUUUCUAACACCAUGGAAGAGAAUGAAUCUAUCUUCCUAGUUAAAAACUCAAACCAGGCCAAUAACACCAAGUUCCCAAGUGUCAAACCAGGCCCUUUAUUUGUAGUGAUGUUUCUUUCAAAUCUCCCAUAACUCAAAACUGAGUAUCUUUUAUGAAUAUAUCUCAAUGUUCACCUUUCCUUUCCCUACAAUUAACUUUGCACGUAGUAAUAGAAUUCAUAAUACUCCCUCCGUUUCUUAUUUCUUGCAACAUUUGCCAUUUUGGGGUGAUUCACAUUGCUUGCAACAAACUCAUAAUUUUCCUUAUUUGGAAACUUUUUGCUGUUAAUAUACCCUUACUAAAAAAUUGUUAACACAUAAUGCUACACAUAAUUACAACCCAUUAUAAUCCUAAUCUAAAUUACUUAUCUAUGAAAUCACACCCAAAUAAUCAAACCCACUAUCUUUCUCUCUCCUCCAUCUCUCAUUUCAUCUUCUUCAUCUCUCAUCUCUCAUAAUCAAAUCAAUAGUUCGUCAGACUUUCUUCAACUCUGAUUGUUAGUGGCUUUGGUGGUCAUCAGUGGUGUUGGGUUUGGUGGUUCACCGUUCGUAGGGGAUUUGGUGGUUUGUCGGGAUUGGUGGUUUUUUGCUUUUUUGUGGGUCGUUGGUGGUUUGUGCUGGGUGGGUUUGGUGGUUUCGUUGGUGGGUUUGGUGGUUUCGUUGGGGGGGGGGUUUGGUGGUUUUGGUGGUGUCGGUGGUUUCGUUAGGUGGAUUUGUUGGUCGUGGUGUCGGUGGUAUUGGUGGUUUCGUAGGGAUAGAUGAGGGGUUUUGGUGGUUUCUUAGGUUUGGGAGCGUGAUCUGGGUGGUUAUGGUGGUGGUUUAGUUGGUGUUGGUGGUGUCGGUGGGUCUAGAUCUGGCGGUGUCGUUGGUUUCGCAGGGGUGGUUUUGAUGGUUUCCUGGGUUUGGUGGCACGGGUCUGGGUGGUAGACCGGUGGUUUGGGUGAUGGUUGUGGGUGGCGUGCAUUCAUUAGUGGUGGUGCUUGACUUUGGUUGCUUAAUUGCUAUUUUAGUUGGAUAAAUUAUUCACCCUCUCUCCUCCUUAAUUACAUCAUUUACAUGCCCUUAUUUUUUAUUAAGUAUGCUUAAAAAGUUUUGACUUGGGAACCGUGCUACCCCCUUUGUUGCAAGAUAUAAGAAACGGAGGGAGUAUAUAUUUUCCCGGAUUUCCUUUAUACAACCUAUGCAUGCCAAAAGGCUAAUGUAAUUAAAAGUGUAACCUUAUGGUUGAAGGUUUAGUUUAUGGUUUUUACCUCUUAUGCUUUGAUUUUAACUUUGGAUUCAAAAUGAGCCUGCUACUUGACUAAUCACUGAUAGACUGACACAACAGUAAUCACUAAUCCGCAUAAUUCUUUACCUCUCUCAACCUCUCAUCAUUGCUUUGAGAAGCUGCCCCAAAAACCCCAUCAUGACAUCAACUUCAGAGAUUAACAAUUAAACGACAUGUAGCAAUCAAUUCUACAAUUUAAUUUCUGCUCUAUUUUUUUUAAUCAAAAUAUUGUUACUUCACUAAUUACUAAUUUUAUAAUAUCAUAAAUAGUCAACUUGUGAUAUUCUUCCUUUUUAUUAUAAGUUUAACAGUAAAUUUUCCUUGACUGGAAUUUCUGAUAGUUAUGUCAUACGACAUAUGUAUGAUAAAAGAUUCAAAUGGGAUUUUGUAGAUUUUUUUAUUGGUGCGUACUAUCAAAUUUCUUAAAAAUUUAAUAAUUUGUAAAAAUUAAGGAUAAAAGAAAGUAAUGGUCAAAAACAUAUCUUAGAAAUCAUGCAUAAAUAAUUCUGUGCAUGAUGUGUAUGCACGCCUGCACGGUACUUCUGGUAAUGUAUUUUAUGGCCCUCAAAUUAAAAAUUCUUAAGAUCCAAAAUUAUCGCCUUGUCAUGUGUUUUAUCCAAGUGAGGAUCAUGUAUAUUAUACUAGUUUCUUUUGUUAAUCAACAGUUACGGGAUACUAGUAUUUGGAAGCAAGGAUACAAUUUGAAGCAUGAUGUGGUUCAGCUUAGGUCCAUGGAUGAGGAUUCUGUAGGUAUAUCCUCAUUUGAUGACUGGGGAAACAAUGAGGGCACUAGUGACUACAUGAUUUUCUCAAGUGAUGGAGAAGAUAGUGAUGGGGAGAUUCUGGUGACACCCAUGAACGAUGUUGAUAUGCCACGAGUUAAAAGGCAGUUUGUUACUGCAGAAGAUGCUUUAACUGCCACAGCUUCUAGACUUGCCUUGCUUGGGAGAAUGCAUAAAAAAGACAGGAUUAUAUAUGGCUUUGUUAGCAAUUUUGGACUGAUCAGCUUCUUGACAAUAUGCCUGGCAUUUGUAGACUGGCGUGCUUGGCGCAUUGUUAGACAACCCUUAAAUGCCUUUUACUUUUUGUCACCUUUUUUAGCCUCUGCAUCUUUAGUAGCAUUUGCAGGCUAUGUCUCUGUUCCAAUACUUAAAAUAUUUAAUAUUCGUCAGAAAUUUCGAAGAAAAUGGCCUUACAAGUAUAACUCUAAAAAGGGAACGCCGACCAUUGGUGGAGUGUUUUUCAUACCCAUUGGGGUUGCCGUUGCGAAAUUUAUGGGUGGUUCUUCAACUGAAUUUACCGGCAUUUUAUUAGUGACUCUGGCAUAUGCUGUGAUUGGUCUUUUUGAUGAUACAGUAGGCCUUAUAAAGCCUUGUAAUUUUGGACUAUCUAGAGGGACAAAGCUUUUAUUGGAGGUGGCUGUUGCAGCAUGGUUUUCAUUUUGGCUGUACACCCAAAAUAUAUCAUCACCUUACAGCAUGAAAAUGCUGGUCCCAUUACCUGCACCUGUUGGCCUUUUGAAUCUGGGAGGAUAUUAUCUCUUGCUGACUGUAUUUACAUUUAUUUUGAUGACCCGUGGUCAUAAAAUUAUUGAUGAACUAGAUGGAUUUGCUGGAGGUAUUGCAGCAUUGGCAUUUGUUGCAAUGUCUGUAGCAGUGCUUCCAAUUUGUUCUGAUGUUUCCGUUUUUGGAACAUCAAUGGCAGGUGCUUGUGUUGGUUUUCUUUUGCACAAUCGCUACAGAGCAUCUGUAACAAUGGGUAAUACUGGAUCCUUGGCGAUAGGUGGAGCCCUAGCUGCCAUGGCUUCAUGUAGUGGCAUGUUCAUACCCCUUUUCAUUGCUUCAGGAAUUUUAGUCAUUGAAGUGAUUGCUGUGGUAAUACAGAUAUUUCCUUUCAGGACGACUGAGGGCUUACAGGGGAAAGCACGUAGUUUUUUUCAAGUUCCUCCUUUGCAUCACUACCUUGAAUUAUGCGGAAUGAAAGAACCAUCGAUUGUCACUGGUGCAUACUUCAUAUCAGCCUUCUUGGCAGUUCUAGCAGGUUAUGUGGGUCUUGUUUCAGCAUAGCUUAAACCAGUUUCUCAUUAUAGCUUAUUUUUUGUAAAGUUUUUCAUUUACUGUUCUUAUUCUUUGGUCUCUCCCCUGAUUAACAAUCUGGGUUACUGAAGUAGCAUCAUCAUGAAUGAUGUUUAUAGGCUUAUAGCAUAUUCUAUGCCCAAGAUGUUGUGAUGCGGUUUGCUAACAUCUAGGCAGCAUUUUGUAGGGUUUGUCAUAGAUCAGUUAGAAAGAAAUUCAGAAAUUUGUAAGAGAUACUAUGAUGUGUUGGGAUUUUUUGGCUGGCUACUUAUUCUUUUUGGAAUGUAACUUGAUAUCGUUGCAUGAUGACAUAAAUCCUUAAAUUUCAUUUUCUAGUAGUUGACGUUGUAAAGGAUAGACAACAUUUUCCUUUUGAAACAUAUAAUUUUCACAUUC